CACACUACGCUCGUACACAUCCCGCCCAGCUGAACGAAACAGCCAUGGAAGAAGAAACCGCCGCCGAUUUCACUAUUCAAAAAAAGCACCAAGCAAUGCUAGACCGCCUCUCCAACCGCCACCAGAACCGCACAACCAAAUCCACCGCCGCCACCUCCGCCACAACCACCGCAUCGCUCCUCUCCAAAUUCACCGAAUCCAAAAACUCAAUCGAAUCACAGCUCUCCGACACAUCGAAUCUCACCGCCGCAACAACCGAUCCAUCUCUCAUUAAAUCUCAUCUCCUCAAUAUCUCCUCAUCCAUCUCAUCCCUCGAGCAAUUAAUCGCCGAGAACUCGUACAUUCUCCCGUCCUACGAGCUCCGCUUCUGGUUAAAAACCGUCUCCGAUCUCAAACAAUCUCUCGAAAAUCUCAACUCCAAUCUCAUCCCUAAAAAGAAAUUCUCCUUCAAAAAUAAACCGGCGUCAUCGCCCAAACCCGAAACUAAUCGAACCGAAAUCCCCAAAACCGAAACUCCAAACCAAAACCCUCUGAUCAUCAGAGAUUCACCGGGAAUCAGGGGCAAAGAAAAUGAAAUAUUGACUCAUAAUUUUAACUGCUCACCGGCCGGUGAAUUUACUUUACAGAAUCUUGAUUCUUGUGAGGUAAGGUUAAUUGGAUGUGUGAAUGCGAUUUUUAUUAAUAAUUUAAGGAAUUGUAAGGUUUAUGGUGGUCCGGUAGUAGGUUCAAUUUUGAUUGAGGGAGUGGAGGAUUGUGUUUUUGUUUUAGCUUCGCAUCAGAUUCGGAUACAUUAUGCUAAGGGGAGUGAUUUUUAUUUGAGAGUGAGGAGUAGGCCGAUAAUUGAGGAUUGUGGUGGUGUUAGAUUUGGGCCGUAUUGUUUGAGAUAUGAAGGGGUUGAGGAUGAUCUGAAGAGGGCGGGUUUGGAGGAGGAGAGCGGGAAUUGGAGUAAUGUCGAUGAUUUUAAGUGGCUGCGAGCUGCACAAUCGCCGAAUUGGUGUGUUUUGGAGGAGAAUGAGAGGAUUGGAGUUGUCGAGUUGAAAGAGCUGGGAUGUGGAAAUUGAUUGUUUAGUGGAUGGAGAAAGUUUGUUUAUUGGAGAUUUGUAAAUCUCAAAGCCGCUAUGCCACUCAGAAUGUACAAUGGACCCAGAGGGCUCUUAAGAAACUGAAGCGGCAAAACGGACCGCUGACGAUUAUGUAACGACAAGUCCAAAAGUUUCAGUUUUUUCAUUAUACUGAAACAAUAAUCAUGUAUUUCAAGUGAAGAAUUAUUAUUGCACAGAAUUAAUGACUGAAGAUUUGACUGUUCACGAUUUCCGGAUUUUAGGAAUAUACAACAGAGAGAUUGCAGAGAAAUGCUCGAACAUCUUCUUCUCUGGCCAUUCGUCCAAUAUUGUGUCAUACUUGAUGAUCCGCGGAUGCAGCUGAGGAUGCAAAACUAAGCAUAUCAAACAAGAUUAUUUCCAGGUCACCAACUGCUUUACGUACUCUACUUCUUUCUUGCUGCUUUUAAGUGAGUUGGCGCUGAUGGAAUAAGCUUAAGCCCACUCUAUAUCUUAAGAUUAUACUGAUUAAUAUGAUGUUAGGUAUAAGAUGUCCACAAAGAAGGAAUAGCUUUUAAGAUUGGUAAAAUUUUGUAAUAAAGAGUGUGCUCCAUCACGCCCUAAAGUUACAAUUUUCUGAUUAGAAACCGGAGAAAAUUAGAUGAUGAAUGUUGCAUCUAUGUGAAGAUUUAUGCAAGAUAAGAUGAUUUUGACUGUGUUACAAGCACACUCUACUGAUCUUAGAAUUGAUCUAAACACUGGUAUAUUGUCUGAUCUCGAGCAGAGGUACUUCAUUCGCUUGUUUUUUCCUUGCUGUUCUUGUGCUGGCUAGGCUAUUAAUUUUAUAUACAAUGUGGAAUCCUAGUUGCAAUUUGCAAAUAACAUGUAUUUAUUCAGACCAAUUGACCAGCUCGCAGUUCUUACCUCUUUUUGCAUUCUAGUUUAGAUUUUGGAUAAGUUUAGCUUUGUAUAUGAGGUAGCUCUAUUAGGUCCAGUUACCUCAUACACAUACAUAGGGGUCUGCAAAAAUCAAAAUCAAACUGACAAAUUCUAUUUGGUUCAGUUAGAUAUUAUAGUUUUUCUUUUGGUUUUC